CUCGCUGGCGCUCGGCGCUUCCCCCUGCUGCCCGCUGCUGCCAACGUGCGCACGGCUUAGGGCUCCCGGGGCAGCCCUCGGUCUCCGCGAUUUCAUUGGCUGGGGAUGUGUCUAUUUACAUCAUCCACUAACUUCUCACAGAUCCGACUGACCUUAGGUUAUGGGCAGAUCAGAAAGCCAGAUGGAUAUAACUGAAAUCAGCAGCCCCAAGCCAAAUAAGAAGCAGCGAUGGACCUCCCUGGAGCUGAGCCUUUCAGUUCUUGUGCUUCUGCUCACCAUCAUAGGAGUCACCAUGAUAGUGCUAUAUGCCACCCACGAUGAUGGAAUUUGCAAGUCAGCAGAUUGUGUAAAAUCAGCUGCUCGGCUGAUUAAGAACAUGGAUGACACUGUGAACCCUUGUACAGACUUUUUCAAAUAUUCCUGUGGAGGCUGGUUAAGGCACAAUGUCCUUCCAGAGACCAGUUCACGUUACAGUAACUUUGACCUUUUAAGAGAUGAUCUAGAAAUCAUUCUGAAAGGUGUUCUUCAGGAGCCAAAAACUGAAGACAUAGUAGCAGUACAGAAAGCCAAAACGUUGUACAGAUCCUGUUUAAAUGAAUCUGCAAUUGAAAACAGAGGUGCUGAACCUUUACUAAAACUCUUACCAGAGAUCUAUGAUUGGCCAGUAGCAAUGGACAACUGGGAAACAAUAUAUGGUACCUCUUGGACAGCUGAAAAUGCCAUUGCACAGUUGAACUCAAAGUUUGGAAAAAAGGUCCUGAUUCAAUUAUAUGUUGGCACAGAUGAUAAGAACUCCCUGAGUCAUGUUAUUCAUAUUGAUCAGCCUGGAGUUGGCCUGCCAUCACGUGACUACUUUGAAUGCACUGGCUUAUAUAAAGAGGCUUGCACAGCAUAUGUGAAUUUCAUGAUUUCUGUGGCUAAAUUGAUCCGCAAGGAUAGAGGACUGUCUGUCAACGAUACCCAGAUUACCCUGGAAAUGAAUCGAGUUAUGGAGUUGGAAAAAGAGAUUGCCAAUGCUACAACCAAACCUGAAGAUCGGAAUGAUCCACUCCUCCUCUAUAAAAAAAUGACCCUAGCCCAGAUCCAAAACAACUUUACAUUUGAGAUCAAUGGACGGCCGUUCAACUGGGCAAAUUACACAAAUGCAAUCAUGUCAACUGUGAAAGUUAGUGUUCCAAUUGAGGAAGAAAUGGUUGUGUAUGCUCCUGAAUAUUUAACCAAACUUAAGUUCAUUCUUACCAAAUAUUCUCCCAGAGAUCUUCAAAAUUUUAUGUCCUGGCGGCUCAUUAUGGAUCUCGUAAGCGGUCUCAGCCGAACCUACAAGGAGUCAAGAAAUGCUUUCCGGAAGGCUCUUUAUGGCACAACAACAGAAACAGCCCUUUGGCGACGUUGUGUUAAUUAUGUCAAUGGAAACAUGGAAAGUGUCGUUGGACGGCUUUAUGUGGAAGCAGCAUUUGCUGGCAACAGUAAACAUGCGGUGGAAGAUCUGAUCUCACAGAUUCGAGAAGUUUUUAUUAAGACUUUAGAUGACCUCACUUGGAUGGAUGCUGAGACUAAAAAGAAAGCCGAAGAAAAGGCCUUGGCAAUUAAAGAAAGGAUUGGCUAUCCUGAUGACAUCCUUACAAAUGAGGGAAAACUGAACAAAGAGUACAGUGAGUUGAAUUACAAAGAUGAUGAAUACUUUGAGAAUAUCUUGAAUAACCUGAUGUUUGGCCAAAGUAAACAGCUAAAGAAGCUCCGAGAAAAGGUGGAUAAGGAAGAGUGGAUAAGUGGAGCAGCAGUGGUCAACGCUUUUUAUUCUCCAGGCAGAAAUGAGAUCGUUUUCCCAGCUGGCAUCCUGCAGCCUCCAUUCUUCAGUAUCAACCAGCCCAACUCCUUGAAUUAUGGUGGCAUCGGCAUGGUGAUAGGACACGAAAUCACCCAUGGCUUUGAUGACAAUGGUAGAAACUUCAACAAGGAUGGGGAUCUUGUUGAUUGGUGGACUCAAAAAUCUGCCCAAAAUUUCAAAGAACAGUCUCAAUGUAUGACAUACCAAUAUGGAAACUUUACAUGGGACUUGGCAGGUGGCCAACACCUCAAUGGAAUCAACACUCUGGGUGAAAAUAUUGCUGACAACGGAGGUAUCGGGCAAGCAUAUAGGGCCUAUCAGAAUUUUGUGAAAAAGAAUGGAAAAGAGAAGUUACUUCCUGGACUUAAACUCAACCACAAACAGCUGUUCUUCUUGAACUUUGCUCAGGUAUGGUGUGGGACAUACAGGCCAGAAUAUGCCAUCAACUCCAUCAAAAGUGAUGUUCACAGCCCAGGCAAUUUCAGGAUCAUAGGGACUUUGCAGAACUCCCCAGAGUUUGCAGAAGCCUUUAACUGCCGCAAGAAUGAUUACAUGAAUCCAGAAAAGAAGUGUCGGGUGUGGUGAUUCUAGAAAGAAGUAACGAAGGCCGAGGACUGAUAGACUUCACUGGACAGCAGAAGUCUGGAACUUUCUACAGGAAGGAAAAAAAAAAAACUGUGCACCAAACUCACUGUAAUUGCAAGAAGGAGAUUAACUAAGGAGGGGGAAAUGCUUCAAGAUUUUAGUUUCAGGUUAAGAAAAGUGACGACACAGCCAAAAUCGGAUGUGAGCUGCUCAUGAAAUGAUGAAGGACCCUGUUUAAUACCCACUAAACCUAUCACAACUGUGUACAUAAUGCUUUACUCUGAAACACUGGUUUCCAGUUAAUGUCUGUUUUUCACUUGGUCAACAGAAUGAAUAUUCCCACUAGGGAACAGGGUUAAUCGUCUAUGAAUGUAGAUGGGUAUUUUUAAUUAAAGGGAGAAAGAAAAUGUCAAAGAAUAUGGCAGGAUAACAGCUGUCUAAUGAGGACACAUUAGUUGGAAAUCAGAGAAAUAGUCUCCACCCACCUCUUUAAAUGUAAAAUAUUGUAUUUUUCUUCCUGAUUCAACAAUGCCCUCACCUAAACUCCUUCUUAGGAGAGUGGGGAUUUGGGGCUUGAAGUAAUUUUGAAGAGAAGUUAUUAUUCCUGUAAUCAUUUUUUUUAAAUUCCAAGGCAACUAAUUUUCCACAAUCAUAUUAAAUUAAGAAAGGAAAAUAUUGAAUAAGUUCCUCUCUUGGAUUCCCCCAAUGACAGAUAUUGAGAAUCCCCAAGUUCUCUUGUAAUUUUCUAAAUAAUUUCUUGUUCUCUCUAGACUUGGUCUUUUUAAAGGAUUUGUAGUAAUGUAUAAAUCAUAAUUUUUAUAUUUAAUUAUUAACUAUGUAUGAAAAAGUAAAUGCUAUAUCUAUAUAUACCUAUAUAGAGAGAUGGAUGUGAUCACUGAUCUGCAAUUGGGGACUGGCAUUUCAGGUGGAGAUAUGAAACAUUCUUUACAUUAAGGAAACAUCUACAAACCAACAUCUGUAAAGUAUUGUAUAGAUUCAAAUUUGUGACUUUUUUUUUUAAUGACAAUUCAUAUUUGCCAAAAAGCUUUAAGCCAGAACUUUGGGGUCAGAUUUAUUGUCAGAUAGGUCUCCUGAGGCCUGACUGACAUCUCUAUUGUAGAAGCAAUCAGAAAUUUCCAAAAAUCAAUAGUAGAUUUCUAGAUCCAUAUUGCAAUGAGCAAAGUUGCUUCUCUACAAUUCCCUGUGGGAAUGGAACCCCCUGGGGCAUUGGGAGGCACAGCCUCCCUAGGGCAAAUCUAGGCCUCAGCUGGAGCUCCUCCAAUGGCAAGGUAAUAAGCACAUGCUGUUGCUAAGCUAGAGUCUUAAGGGUUCCCAUAGCAUGAGUAGGCACCAAUGUUGCUGAAGGCAUCAAUGGAAGGGAAAGAGAGGAGGACAGGUCCUUUGGUGUGCUCACUCUGAUUGGCUGAUGGAUUGAUCAUUCUGCAUCAUAGUGUCUUAGCUUGAGGGCUGGGAGAGAUCUUAGAGGUCACCUCAAAUCUGGCAUUUGAAGAGAAAAUCCAAGCCCCAGAAAAAUGAAAUGGCCUCUUCAAUCUAGUGACUGCUAGACCCAGCCUUUGAACCUAGGACCUCUGACUCCAAAUCAAGCAGGCCAGUCAGAAAUGAUGUGAUAACUAAUUAAAACCAUUGCAGGCCGACUAAGCCAGUGGUGCUAAUUAGCGCAGGCAGCCAAUGACAUGGGUAGAAACCUCAAAGGGGAGCAGUCUCCCCCUCUCACCUUUUUCCAUGGCCUGUAACUAUUUCUGGGACUCCCUAUAAAGAAAUCAUUUCCUGCCUAAGGUCCUGAUUUCAUGUUAUGUUUAUUUUAUCUUUCAAUGUCACCUGAUGAAAAAAAAUUUUUUUAUAAUAAACAGAAAU